UUGUUAUUGUUUAUUUUGUAUUUAUUUUAUUUAACGUUCCCUUUUAUUCCUUCGUCAAAAUGUUUUUGUUUCCAAUUAAACGCCCUUCCUGCCCGUUCCCCUUCCUUUUCUUAAUCCUCUCUCUUCCCUUUUUCUCUUCCUCGUUUUACAUCCCAGAAUCCAACCCAAUCUUUGCCUUCAGGAAUCAGCUCAGAGAGGUGCAUCUCUACACAGAAAAUCACAGACGGGGGUUGUAUGUGGAGAUACAUCUGGAUGGGAGAGUGACUGGAAGUGAUGCUCAGAGUCCUUAUAGUGUGUUGCAGAUAAAGUCUGUUAAACCGGGUCAUGUGGUCAUAAAGGGACAGACAUCGUCCCUGUUCCUCUGCAUGGACGACUCCGGGAAUCUAAGAGGACAGACAAACUAUGACGAGGCUGACUGCUCCUUCAGGGAACUGCUGCUGGCCGAUGGCUACACCCGUUUCCUGAACUCACAACAUGGCGUUCCUUUAUCACUGGCAUCCAGAAACUCUCCAGAUCGACACUCCGUUCCUUUCACAAGAUUUUUACCUCUCAGGAAUACUUUAACGGUUUCAGAAGAAUCAACAAAAACUCAGAGGGACUUCAACCUGGACUCGGAUGACCUUCUCGGGAUGGGACAGAACGUGGUGGUUAGUCCUCAGCUGUUCGUGGACUAAAAUACAGAACCACAAAGAAAUCAGAACUGUUUGGGUUUUAAAACUCUGAUACGUGAUUGUCUUCUAAUUUAUUAUUAUUGUUGUUUCUUUGGGGGAUUCUUAAAUAUAAUUAAUACUGACCUAAGUUAUUUAUUUAUUUUUGUGUCUUAUUUAAAGCUUAUUUUAAUUUGUAUUCAUUCUGAGAAUUGCUCAGAUCUUUAGAGGAAAAAUGAAUAAUUCAGAUUUCAUUUCCAGGUAAAGAAAUUCUGGAAUUGCACAAUUGUAUUUGUGCAAUUCUAUGUUUUUUUUUUUCUUUUUGGUAUUUCUAAUGCAGAGCAGUGCUCAGCACCUUCUUGCACAACAGUGGAAAAAUGCCUGCGUGGGAGCAGGACGCCCUCUAGUGGAAGAAACUAAUAAUGAGCGCAAAUGUUUGAUUUUUUAUUUUGCUAAUUUCUGUUUGAUUUGUGAUUCAAGAAAGAGAAAAAAAAUCUUA